AUGGGAGGCGGCGUCCGUCAUUCCCGGGGCUGCGGCCCCGUCUGCCAGCUGCUUGGGGUCGGCAGCGCGCGGCCCCACCAUUUCCCUCGCCACCCCGGCGGCCUGGGGAAAGGCUGGUUGGAGGGCUUGGCUUCGUGCAGUGCAGGGACCGGACUGAGCGCGCCUUCUGUUUCCUCCUCUGCCCGCGUCAGGGUGGUGUCUUCGGUGCAGGCUGUGCUGGCCACCGGGUCCGGGAUCGUCAUCAUGCGCUCCUGCGGCGACGUGAUCACCGGCAGGCACUGGCUUGCCCGAGAAUACGUAUGGUUUUUGAUUCCAUACAUGAUCUAUGACUCUUAUGCCAUGUACCUGUGUGAAUGGUACCGCACCAGAGACCAGAACCCUGGACGCUCUGUGACUUUGCGAAGCUUCCUAAGUCAAAACCGCCUCAUGAUCACACAUCAUGUGGUCAUUCUAGUCGUCCUUGUACCAGUCGCACAGAAGUUCCGGGGAGACCUUGGGGACUUCUUUGUCGGUUGCAUCUUCACAGCAGAACUGAGCACUCCGUUUGUGUCGCUGGGCAGAAUUCUGAUUCAGCAAAAGCAGCAGCACACCCUUCUGUACAAAGUGAAUGGAAUCCUUACACUGGCCACCUUCUUCUCCUGUCGGAUCCUCCUUUUCCCCUUCAUGUACUGGUCGUAUGGCCAGCAGCAGGGACUGAGCCUGUUCCAGGUGCCAUCCAAUAUCCCUUUCUUCUGCAAUGUGGCCAAUGCCUUCCUCAUCGCCCCUCAGAUCUACUGGUUUGCUCUACUGUGCAGGAAGGCAGCCCGGCUCUUUGGCAGUCCCCAAGCCAAAAAGGAUGGCUAAAUGCUCCCAAGAGUCAGGCCGUGAGAGGGCCUCCUCAUGUGAGCUGCCUCUACUCAGUAUUCCACGGACCAAAUUGUGCCCUGGGUGGCCUCAGCUUUUUGGGUAUUGAUAAGCAGAUGGAUUUGAGGGUUUGUUUGUUUUUUUUUUAAAGAAUAUUCAUAUUACCUCCCUCUUCUACCCUUUUUGCAAAAAGCACUUUUUUCUUAGUUAACAACUAUCGGAUCCUG